AUGGCAAUUGAACAAAAGAAUGCCAACGUCCGACUUCUCGCAUGUCUCAUCGACGAAGACGACACAUACGACAGCGAUUAUCGCUUCCUUGUCGACGGGCAAUACGUGAAGUACGUCACCACGGGGCCGGGCAACUUUCGCGGGGCCGAGGAUGACCGCACAUUCGAGCCCAUCCUGCUCGGCGAGCUCUUUCCGCCAUUCCCAGCGGGAGAUUGGAAUAGCGGCGACGUAGCCAAUGACCCCGAGAUGGGGACAGCUACUUUCGUCAGGACUAAUACACUCAAUGAGGUUGAGUUCACGCAGCAGGACCGAGUGCGACAGCGAGUCCACGUUUCAGCGCACCCUGACGUCAACGGCGGCAGACCUGUGCUCGUCAAGCUCGCGGUCUAG